AUGUAAAAUUCAGACAACUCUGACGAAUACUACAGCGAUGAUCAGCAAGAAUCUCCCAGGUUUCUGUACAGCUUUAGGGAGAUAAGUCUUUAGAAUAAAACCUUGUUGGCUGAAAUUAGAAUUAUAUGCAAAAACCUGAUCUAUGUGAUUGGCUUGGCACCCAGCAUAGCAAAGGAGGAACUACUGAAGAAACCAGAGUAUUUUGGACAAGCAACACUUUUAAUCCCCCUUCCCAUGCUGCCUACAUUACAUACAGAAAUGAACAGGAAGCAUCGAUGGCAAUUUUAGUAUACAUCAUAUUUAAAAUUUAUGGCAUGCGAAAGAUUUCCACUGCAUGACAGAUAUGUGAAGGCAUCUUUUGGUACAACCAAAUAUUGCACCAACUUCCUUAAAGGAUAGUAAUGUAAGAUAAAAGACUGUGUUUAUUUGCACCAACACCCAAAAGAUAAGGAGUCCACUCAAGUCAUUAAAAAAGAAGAGAUGAACAAUUCUAAAUGGCUCUUUUCUUACUCCCAAAAAAUAGCGUAAGACAAUUUCAAAAAAUUCUAUUCCAAAAUCAACUACAAAAAUGCUCUCUAAAAAUCUGUCUUCCUCAACACUCAAAACAUUCUUGAUCGGAUGAUUGAAGAUAACAUUGUAGAUCGCAUCCCAGAGCAGCCCCAACCUGCGCAACAACAGCAGAUCGUUGAAGACACACUACCAAUCGAAAUCCCUGUAUCCUAAAAGUCUCUUGAUAUCGAGAAGCGUUUGGAAGCAAUCAUACAAAACAGUAUUAUUCAUCUCUUAACGCAAGUGGAUGGGGACAGCAAUUCGAGAUUCAAGUUCACAAAUGGCAACUGUCCGCAAGACUACGAAGCUAUCUAGUAAUUGAAGAAAUCCCUUCUGAAAUGA